AACCUACAGGUUGAUUGUGCUUGCUUGCUCUACAAAUCAAAUUGGUUCGGUUUUUCAAAGCCUGUAGCCACUAAAAAUGUGCCCAAAUCCGUCCUGCUUGUGGGGAAGUUAGAAUGACCAAAAAGAAACCGUCGCCGCAAAAUCGCAUCUGGGAAAAGGAACGUCGUGACCGUCUAAACCAAACAUUCGACAACCUCUCCAAAUUGUUGCCAGAAUAUGAACCGGCUACGCAGCUCAGUAAAAUCGAAAUCCUCCAGCGGGCGAUUGAGUACGUGGAGAAACUACAAGACAAGAUUAAUGCGUUCCUUGAAGAACGGGAUGCACUACUGAAAAAACAUGUGGAUGAGCUCGAGGAACGUUUACAAGCGUUGAUCGCUAGGAAUGAAGAUUUGGCCGCUCUACUAAAGAAGGCUAACAUCAAUGUACCACCUUGUAAGCAUGGUUCCGGAGUAGAGAAAGAAAGACCGGAAGAAAAACCAGCUGAACCUCAAGAGGUCGGCAAAAAUGCUAGUAAACCGAACAAAAAGACAUCACCCAGGAAACGGAACAAGGAGCCGGAACCAUCCACGCAAACGGAAGCUAACGGUGAACCCGCUCUUGGGUCAUCGAAUAGCAUCGUUACAUCGAGUGCUGCGGUUAAUAGCCUCACGAAUGCAUGCGUGGUAAUGACUGAAGCUAACGCGGCAACUUUGAAGCCAGCAGUAACUACAACUGAUGGCAGUUCCGCGGCUUCGGUCAUACCGAAAAUGCAUUCCACUUUACCUAGCACUUGUUUCGUGAUGGCAAACAAUCAAAUUGUAGGAACCCUGAAACAGGCCACCGGUGUGAACGUUACGCCGGCCCUCCUUUCUACGCCAAUAAUGGCCACUGGAGUCCUUAUAUCCAACAACGGUAGCGUGCUCCAGAUGCCUCUCGUUCCGCAGCAAUCAUCCCUGUUAAUCGUAAGUAACGAAGACGUACGAUCUAAGAUAAGCCUGGAGAAAAAGAGCAGGUCCAGUGCAGAUUCAGCCAAAGCACCGGCGAAAAGCAGAACGUCUAAAGGUGCUAAAUUUAGUAUCAAAUCUAUUGACGUGAUCCCAGGACGAAUUGUCAACGGAAAGAUUCCGAUACCACCGCUAAAGCAACCGCCUCGACCGACUAAAAAGAUGCUGAGAGAAAUUUGUAGGAAACGUCGCAAACGGAAAAUGGCAGAACCUAAAGAAAGCGACGCAAAGAAGCCCAAAAUCAACGAAACGGAAUCGGCAACAGUGCCGGAAAAGGUGGCGUGUGCUCAAAAAUCUACAGAGGAGGUACAAAUGUCGAAGGAAAAACCGGCAGACGUUGUGGAAGAAGCCAAAGAAGCAGAUCCGAAACAGAUUGAAGCUUCUUCACUAGACAUGAACUUGGAUCAAACGGACUUAUCGAAUGAUAUUUUUGCCAAUCUGCAGGUUCCGGAUGGCGAACCGGAUGACAAUCAAGGGUCGCUGUCACCCACGGCAGCUUAUCUUAUGAAUUUCCCUCUGGUUGCCACUGGCGGAAAAAUUGCUGGAAAUCAUCACGUGGACGCCCCAGAAGGGGAUGUUUCAGAUGUUGCAGAAGUGGGCAAGAAAGUCUCUACGCAACAAACCACUGACAAUAACUUAUUGUUGGAUAAUUUUUCAUCCUACUUUAGUACUAAUGUUUAUGGUGGUGGAUCAGAAACUCCAGUUACAGCUGCAGCUCCCGAUGGACAGAUAAGUUCCGUGGCUACCUGUACUAGUUUUUCAACUAUUUAUCAAUCGAUAGAUAGCAUGCUGGAACAUAAAACGGCACGCACGAAAAGCAAUUCGGACUGCCGAUAUAACGCAACGCCUUUCACUUUCACCUUGACCCCAACAAGCACAACCACCAGCACACAACCAUCAUUUGACUACAGACAUCCUUCAACGUCUAGUUACUAUUAUUCUACUCCAGUGGCAACUAGUAAACCUAUGGACGACUAUUGCAUACUAAAACCAUCAAUUGUAACCGAAUUCACGUUCUCAUUGACAAGUACUACUCCCAGCGUUGCUAAAACAGUCCAAUCCCAGUAUGCAAACAGUUCUAUCCAUACGUCAACAAUUACUACUUCUUCGUACAACACGUACGGCAACCAGCCGAAUUUCGCCAAGUCGACCAGCUACUCUGCCAACUACAUUACAGGAACAACGAGUCAGAUAGACACGAGGACUUCCGAGAAAUACGAUUUCUUAGAAACGGAGAAACCGGCAACUAGCUUUACGUUUUCGUUGACUUCAACAACGAAAACAUUGCCCAAAUACACACAAGCUAGUACAUCUUCCGCAUGUGCAAUACAGAACAUUAUAUCAAGUUCAUCAACGUUAAACAAAGUCGAGGACUGCUUGUAUAAAUCUUCUAGACCAGGAGGAGUUCAUGGUCAUCAAACUUUAAAAACGACGCCCAAACAAAAAUCAAGUUCACAAUCUGUCGCCUCCGGGUGCAAUGCCAACUAUCAAUCCCAAUCCGGUACGGGGUACCAUCAAUCCAAGUACGACGUCCCUUGGAUGGCAUCACAAGACCCGAAACCCAGCACCUCACUGAACCAAGACUAUAAUCAAAUAAUGCCGGCAUUAGAUUUUAACGCUGCUCCCUCACAUUCAUAUCAAACCAACAUCGAUCUUAGCCGUAAAUCGGAUAUUUUCUUCGCUCAUCCAACCGGUGAAGAAAACCUUGCCACGUGGUCUCCGAGUAAGCUCACUAACAUCCUGAAUGACACCUCCUCACCUUACUACCCACCCACAACCGUUAGUUUGCCGAAUCUCAAUGGAGACCUUGCUCUGAACACAAUAUCCAGCGGCUAUCAGUCAACUCCUGGUACGGUAAAACCUACGACACAAAACAGAAAAGGAAACGAUUCGAGUAGCACUUUUCUCUCCGUGCAACAAUUGGUUGAUCAACCAAGAAAAGCUACUAGCAAAAAUUACUCCAGCUGUGGCAAUUAUUCCACUCAUCACAAGCCACCUCAGAAUAACUACUCUGCGGAAGCUUUGAUUGCCAGCGCUUCCGGAAGUACCUCAAGUAAAAAGGAAAAAUACGUCAAUGACCCAAACUUCAACGGCUACACUUCAUACGGUACCGACGCAAGCGUCGCGUCUGGUCUAUCGUUCAAUUUUGACUACCCAACAGACUACAAUAAAAACUACAAUUAUACCUGCCAGCAAAACUACAUGACCUCCUUCAUGGAUAAUGGCUAUGGCCUACCAGCACUUCCGGCACCAACCGUCACCAGUUCUUCGUCGGCAGUUACCAACUACGGAAGCUACGGUUACGGUCCCGAAAAGAAACAACCCGCAAGCUACUACCCGAAUGCAUCCUCCUAUCAACCAACCGCUCCAUCGGACAUCCCUUACUAUGUUCCAUCCAGUGAGAAACGGUCCGCUGCCCCACUGGCAUCUACGAAACCGAAAAAAGCUCUCAAACCCUUGGCUCCGGCGAACGAAUACGCCAGCGCACUUCCGUCGACCUCCGCUUCCAGCUACUUCCCGGCGAUUCUGCCUCCGCCUCCGCCGAACCUGGCGGACGAUCCACUGUGCUAUAGCAACAAUUUCAGCUUCAACCCGGCGGGAACAACGAAAAACCAUUCCAGCAGCGGUAGCGGCAGCAGCAGUAGCUGCUACAAUCAAUCCUACCAUCAUCCUACCAGCAGAACGGUUCCCGGCUAUUGCUUCGGCAGCGGUGCCAUUCAAUCGUUCGCCGCGACACAUUGCGCAAGCAGCAGUAGCGUUUCGUCGAAUUCGUUGGCGAACUUCAAUCUUAGUACCAUUUGUCCGGAAAUCAGCGAAAAAAAUGCAACCGCAGGGGGAGCCGUUGCGGUAGCUGCCGGUACGGCAAUAACCGGCGGUGCCGGUUGGUGAUAAAUUAGAUGGAUGAAGUACUAUUAUAAUGUAG